UGCGAUUGGCUGAUCGAAGAAGCCGAAAGCGCCCUGAUUGGCCGAGAGCGGAGAGCUACUGUAAACGACCACGAACAACAAUAUCCGAGCCGAAAUGAGAUCAUACACACUGUAGUGAUAACAACAACCGGACUGGAAAUUUGCCACUCUACUGCUUGCGGCGAGAAGACAAUCAUUUCGACUAAAUGUCACGAAAAACGGGAUAUUUUUUCCAUUAUUUUUGGCCGACGACGUUUUCAGAUGAGCACGACUCAACCUUGGACAUAUGAAACUUAUAUAAAGUAGCAAUUAUAGCUAUUGUUGUUGUUUGGGUGUGUCACAUGCCAUGAGGCAAUCAAUAUAUGUUGAGAACUGGAGAAGCAACUCUUAAGCGUACUGGAGAUAAGAAGGAAUAGCAUCUAGUGCCACUGACAACUGAGACGAGCACAUUCAUAUCUAUUGUCCUGGAAUUCGUCCAGAUCCACAGCUCUUACAAUGGAUAACACACUGCAUGACCAUCAAGAUGAUUCCAGCACCUGGAAUGACAAAAAGAAAGGAAGAGAAGAGACAAUCAAAAACCAAGGACAACAUCAGGAUCAAACCUUGCCAAACAUUUCUCCUCAAGGGCGUGUGCGGCUCUAUUCGGAGUCUCAGGUGUAUACGGUGAGCCGCUGGCAGGAAGCAGAGCCCCAGGAUGGAGCAUUGGUGGAGGAGAACGGAGGAACGGGAGAUGGACUUCCAUUCAGAGGUCGUUCUCAGUCUGCUCCUGCUGCUCUGUGGAAAGCAAAGAAGUACGGGCGACAGCUGAGGAGAAUGAGCGAUGAAUUUGACACAUGGCUCGACAAAGGGGAGGUCAAAAGAGCGAACAGCCAGAAACAGACCUACCGAGGAUGGUUCUCGUUCCUCUGGAGUUCCAAAGAAGAGGAGGGCAGAGAAUGAAGUAGCCAUGCUUUAAACAGCAUAAGAACAGUUACCAGAGAGCUGCACUCAGAUGAAGGCUGGUCUGAUCACCAUCAUGGCCUUUUUGUCAAUCAAUGUGCUCAAGCUAGUACAAAACCAAUCUGAGAGAAUGGUAUAACCUCUGCAAUAACGUAGGUUUAUAUAAAGGAAUUGUCAGUGUUAAUUCAAUUUGACAAUCUUAAGAGGGA